UCCCGGGCAUGACUCUGUUUCAGUGAUGCCAGACUGGGGCCAAGUGUACCAUGUGAAGAGUCUCGGCGGUACAUCUGGAUCACUGAGCAAGUCUCUCAGAAGGAGACAAGAGAAAGAGACAAGAGAAACACUCUACAACAGCUACACCCACUACAUACACAGGUAUCUAGGACACUCCUGAAUGAACUUGGAAGACUCCCACACCAUCUCCAUGCCUACGAGUGACCAUACUGCACUGGAUCAUCCAGCAUCAAACGAAUUCCCCAUAGCUGAAGCAGAAGACACAGUGCUCCAGCCACUCCAGACACUGAACCAGGCACAACUCGAUACUGAACUGCAGGACAUCCUGGCAGAGCUGCAACAAAGGGAAGAGGCGCUGAAGGAUCGUUUCAAUGCGCUGUGCAAGCAGCUUGGCAACUGGGCAAAGGAGGGACUCGACUCGAGUGAGCACUUGAGUCUCGAUCUAUUGACCAUGGAGCGUCGCUUUGUUGAUGAGAAGCAUAAGGAGCUGGAGGAGAGGCGCAUCAACCUCGUCACUGUCAUUCAGAGUGUCCAGCAAGCAUCCAUGCUACUGCGGGACUAGAGCACGAUUGCAAGAGACUCAUAGAUCUGCCAGUUCAUCCAUUGUACGCACCACCACCUCAAGCGAGUCAAAGAAGGCAUUGAGACUGACUCGGCUGGUACGUGCACUGGUGCAUUGAAAGCGACAC